CUGGGUGAGUUUUAACCUUCAACCUUUUGGUUAGCAGCUGAGCACUUUAACUGUUGUGCCAUCAGGGCUCCUUCUCUUUGGCAGAAGUGAGUGCGAUUAAAGUACAUUAUCUCCUGUUCACAUAAAUGCAAAGAGAGUGCAUGCAAGCCCUACACUGUGACAAUUUCUGCCGAAAGGCAGCCUCCCGGGACGUAGAGAUCAAGCUACUGACAACAACAAUACAAAUACUGAAAUCACAACAGGUAAAUCUCAAAAGAUGUUUCCUUUCUGGACAUCAAGGUACUAUGUACAUAGAUGAUGCAUAGGUAUAAAAUACUAUGCAAUGCAGUAAUACUAGCACCACUCUUUAUGGGUCUUGCCACCAGACUUUGAACUCCUUGGGAGUAAGAGUUCUUGUUUAUCUUGGAAUUGCCUGUGCUUAGCACAGUACCCGACACACAGCUGAUGUUCUGAAUAUUUUUGAUAAAUUGAUCUUAGAUUUCUCUUCCUUCAGCAAAUUUUUACCAAGAGCUAUCAAUAGACAAGACACUGUCCUGGCCUCUAUGAGGAAUAUAGAAAAAUGCAAGCUCACCAUCCUUGCCCCCAAGAGACAGUUAAGAUGAGACAAAAAAAUGUAUACCUAAGAUAAUCAAGUAACACUAAAGCUGUUGACCAAGUGACAAAAGGAGCUCCACAGACAAAAGUGCUGUUGAAAUCCAGAAGAAAGGGAUUGGUGUGGGCUGGAGAGGUAGGGAAACUCUGAUCUGCGUGUAAGAAAAUAAUGAGGAAUUUUAAAUUUUUAGUUUCAGUUCUCAAAGCAACAUUCACUUUACUUCUGGGUAAAGUUUAUUAGUUCUCUUCAACCCUUCAUGCAAAAAGGUACAAAAUAUAAAAAGUAUUUUAAUUCUUGUCCUGCAUAGUUCACCACAUUUUGAGGAUAAAAAGUAGUGUUUGCAAAGCUUUGAGUACAGGCUAAGUGUUUUUAUUGGAAGCCAGGUUGAAUGCAUAAAGAAAGAAAGGUACAAAAUAGAGUCUUUGAUAACCACAGAAUUAUCCAGGGAAGGGGAAUUAUGGAAUAAGUCAUAACAGAAUAUUUUUUUCAUUGUGAUAGUAUUUUCAUAGAAUUCAAAUCAAAGAAGCUUAGAAUUGGAAGGGGCGUUAGAGGUCAUCUAGUCUAGUCUCCUCAUUUUACAAACUUGCUUUAACUCAAUUCUAUAAAAUGACCCGACUUGUUUUUUCAUCUUGCAGUGAGUUGAAUAUUUAUAAGGCUGUGCUCUGAAUGAAGGAGCCCUGGUGGUGCAGUGGUUAAGAGCUCCACUGCUAACUAACAUGUCGGCAUUUCAAAUCUACCAGCUGAUCUUUGGAAACCUUAUGGGCAGUUCUACUGUGUCCUAUAGGAUAGCUAUGAGUUGGAAUCGACUCCACGGUAACAGAUUUGGUUUGGUUUGGUUUGGGCUCUGAAUGAAGAAGGUGCAAAAUGGCAGAAUGACAUCCAGGGGAAACGUUCUACCAGUUGUCCCCCUUUUCUUUUUCUAUAGGCAUUAAAACUAUCCAGGUAGCCACUCAUGUAUGUAUGCUUUAGGGAAAAGGGUAUUUGUGGGAAGAAAAUGUGGUUUAUUUUGCAGUUAGUUAGGGGAAAUGGAUCUUUUUGCUUGGUGUCCUAAACUGUGAACUACCUCAUUAUCUCACCUUCCUUUCCCUGCUCCUGUCUCUCCCUCUGCCCUGAGCACAACUGCCAGCAGGCCCGCUCACCUGACUUCAUCUGACUGCCAGAGGGAAACAGAAGGAGAAGCAGACUCCGCCGCUGUGUCUAGGCCUGCCACCUUCUUUCCUCCAAGCCUGCCCUGCUUUCUUCCCAUCCCUUGGUGUAUGGACCAUUAUAUUUUAUUCUUCUUGCCAACUUAUUUUUUAUUGUUCCUCCUGCAGGACUAAAAUGGAUGCUAAACAGCCAAGGAAGCACAGUUUGACAUUCUUUCCGAUUCCGAAAGCAAGAAAGAAACAAAAUUUCACCCCCUCUAUGAAGGGCCCCACUCUUCCUCCUGAGAUCUACAUGAACACAAACACCAACAUUACUUCAUUCCCUUUUGUGGACACCAAGGGAAAGAAGAACAUGGUCAACUUCCCACGUAUCAACAAUAAAGUCCUGCUGAAGCCAUCCUUGCUGUAUCAGGAGAACCAAACUCACAGUCAGGUAUCAGCCUGUGAGCUUAAGCCUUCAGAAAUACUUUCCCACUCCAGCAUUAAAACCCAAGAUCCCAAGCCUGAGGAGAAACCACCAAGGAAGCACAAAGUGCCUCUGACAGCUGCAGAGGCCCUAAAGUUUUUUAAGAACCAGCUGUCUCCAUAUGAGCAAAAUGAAAUCCUGGGCUACACAGAGCUAUGGUUCCUGGGGCUUGAAGCUGAGAAGCUCAACAUGGCUUCAGAGAAAUUCAGCAAGACAAGUUUUGAUGAUGAACAUGGCUCCUAUAUGAAGGUCCUGCAUGACCACAUUGCCUACCGCUACGAGGUUCUGGAGAUGAUCGGGAAAGGGUCCUUUGGACAGGUGGCCAAGUGCUUGGAUCACAAAAACAAUGAAUUGGUGGCCCUGAAAAUCAUCAGGAACAAGAAGAGAUUUCACCACCAGGCCCUGGUAGAGCUGAAGAUUCUGGAAGCUCUCAGAAGGAAGGACAAAGACAAUACCUACAAUGUGGUGCACAUGAAGGACUUCUUCUACUUCCGCAAUCACCUCUGUAUCACCUUUGAACUCCUGGGGAUCAACUUGUACGAGUUGAUGAAGAAUAAUAGCUUUCAAGGCUUUAGUCUGUCAAUAGUUCGGCGUUUCACCCUCUCUGUUUUGAAGUGCUUACAAAUGCUUUAUGUAGAGAAAAUCAUUCACUGUGAUCUCAAGCCUGAGAAUAUAGUGCUAUACCAAAAGGGCCAAGUCUCAGUUAAAGUUAUUGACUUUGGAUCAAGCUGUUAUGAACACCAGAAAGUAUACACCUACAUCCAAAGCCGGUUCUACCGAUCCCCGGAGGUGAUUCUGGGUCACCCCUACAACAUGGCCAUUGAUAUGUGGAGCCUGGGAUGCAUCAUGGCGGAGUUGUACACAGGCUACCCUCUGUUUCCUGGGGAGAAUGAAGUGGAGCAGUUGGCCUGCAUCAUGGAGGUGCUGGGCCUGCCGCCAGCCCACUUCAUUCAGACGGCCUCCAGGAGACAGAUAUUCUUUGAUUCCAAAGGUUUUCCUAAAAAUAUAACCAACAACAGGGGGAAAAAAAGAUACCCGGACUCCAAGGAUCUCAUGAUGGUGCUGAAAACCUACGACACCAGCUUCCUUGACUUUCUCAGAAGGUGUUUGGUAUGGGAACCUUCUCUUCGCAUGACCCCUGGCCAGGCCCUCAAGCAUGCUUGGAUUCAUGAGCCACGGAGCCUCAAACCCCGGCCCAGGCCCCAGACCCUGAGGAAGCCCAGUCUCAGUUUCCCCUCUGAGGGAAAGAAGAACAAGGUUCAGGGGCAUCACCACUUGGGCAGAAAAGAUAAGAUCACCAAAGAAGAGUCUGCCGAGAAAAUAAGAAAUGUAGCUACUUUGAAGUCGGUUCAGAAUGCAGGUGAUCAGCAGGGCUUUCUCCAGCACAGGGCUGACAUGGUCCAGCUGCCUCAUCUAGUAGAUGCUCCCGGAAAGCCAGAGGCACUUAUUGGGUCAGAGCAGUCCCCGACCUUCACAGGAGAUCAAAGCAAGAACUCCUCCCUCAAGAACACAAACAUUUUACCACCCAUUGUAUGACCUUGGCUGAGGGUGUGUCCUGUUCCUUUCCACCAAUGAUUUGUAUUAGAGACAGCACUUAUAUUGUACAAUACUUCAGAUUGUUGUUUUUUAAUGCAUAAAGGUUUGUUUUAAAAAAAAGAUUCGCAUGGCCAGCUUGGCAUGAUU